AUGGCGGCGAAGAGAAAGAGAGACACUCCUGCUCGUGUCGAGAAGGCCGAGACACAGUCGACCAAGAAAUCCAAGACGGAGGAUGUGGUCGUCCCUGCGUCGCCCGACUCGACGUUGACAGUCCAGAUUGUCACCGGAUCUUACGACCGAGUGCUCCAUGGAUUUACUGCUACGAUUCCUACCAAGGGAGACGCCAAGUUUGCCGAUACGUUCUUGUUCAAUGCGCACAACUCUGCCAUCCGAUGCGUGGCCCUGUCGCCGCCUUCCGCACCUUCUGCCACCCAGUCGCAAAAGGUGAUGCUUGCGACGGGGAGCACGGACGAGAGGAUCAAUGUCUACAGCAUAUCUGCCCACCCCCCGAAGAAGAGCCAGGCACAAGAUGUACUUUCGUCCGUCGCUUCGCGUCCCAUCCUGGAGAACUCAAAGAACCGAGAGGUCGGCACGUUGAUGCACCAUUCUUCCACAGUCACCAAACUGGCCUUCCCGACCCGGUCAAAACUCCUCUCGGCGUCUGAAGACUCUACGAUAGCGGUGACAAGGUCAAGAGACUGGUCGCUGCUGUCCACCAUCAAGGCGCCGAAGCCCAAGGUGCAGGGCCGGCCGAGCGGUGACACGGCGCCGAUGGGCGGGACGCCGUCCGGGAUCAACGACUUCGCGAUCGACCCGAGCAUGAAGGUCAUGAUCAGCGUGAGCAAGGGCGAGAGGUCGAUGCGCCUGUGGAACCUGGUCACGGGCAAGAAGGCCGGCGUGCUCAACUUCUCGCGGGACAUCCUGCAGGACAUUGGCGAGGGGAAGCACUCGACGGGCGAGGGCAGAAAGGUGGUCUGGGGCAACGCCGACGAGUUCGCGGUCGGGUUCGACCGCAACAUCCUGGUCUUUGGCAUGGACUGCACGCCUCGGUGCAAGGUGAUGCCGGAUUCCAGGACCAAGGUGCACGAGCUGGCCUUUGUGGCGGUAGACGACGAGGGCGAGUCGGAGGUGCUCGCCGUGUCGACGGAGGACGGACGUAUCAUGUUCUUCUCUACGAAGCCGGAAGAGACGACUGGCGACAAGGAGAAGAAGGACUCGUCUCUCCCUACAGCUACAUUCAUAUCACAGCUCGGAGGCAAGGAGCACGGCGUCGAGGGCAGGAUCAAGGACUUUGCCGUCCUGCCCAUCGCGCAAGACAAGGCUGCGAGGGCAUGGAUCGUUGUUGCCGGGUGCAGCGACGGCAAGGUCCGGCUGUGGAAGGUCGCGGAGUCGGAUCUGAGGCCUGCUGGCAAGGACACGGCAGGCAGGCAGGUUGGAAAGCGGCUGGGCACCUACGAGACCCACAACAGAAUCACAUGCGUAGCGGCGUUUGUCAUGAUACCCCGACCCGAAGGCCUGGAGGAGAGCGAGGACGAGUUGGAGGAAGAAGAGGAUUCGGAUUCGGACAGCGAAGGGGAUGAUUGA